UGUAUACCCUGUGCGCGAAUUACGAUUUAAGCGGUACAUUGCCGGGAUGUCUAUGUCGACGAUACCUCCUCAUCUUCGUACUCGACUUAUUUCACAUGGACAAAAAGUUUGUGAGCUUUACAAAGCAGCGCUGUACGAUCUUAAGGCAAAGCAUCGUGACGUUUUGAAGUGGCGUUAUCAUUCUGUUUUAAUGCGAGCACGUUUUGAAGAAAACAGAAACAUUAAGGAUGGAAUUUUGGCCAGGAAAAUGCUGGAAGAUGGAUGGGCUGAACUAAAACAGAUUGAGGCUCCUUACCCGUACAAAUAUCCUGAUGCACCAGGGGGUGCUGCUUACGGAAGGGAAACUGUUUUUAGUGACUUUAACUAUGACCUUUGGCAUCCAUUAGAAAAGAAGCAGUAUCCUGACUUCUUUGCAAGACGGGAAAAGCGUAAAAAGGAAUUUAUCGAAGCCUGGGUCAAACGUUAUGGUCCUGAAAAUGAGAAAGUGUUUUAGUUGAAUAUGUAAACAAGAGAUUUUCGUAGAUUUACUUUGAAGUGAUUAUAUCAAAUGAAUUUUUUGAAAUCCUCUUAGUACUUUUAGAAUCAAGUUUGUUACCUGAAGUUUUACAUAUUGUUUAUGAGUUAGGAUGGAUGAUUUCUUGUAUUUACCACUUAAGGAUUCGAAAUGUUAUUUAAUAGUGGUAUAAUCCUUUUGCUAAAUGAGAGGUAUUUUUUGAAUGUGUACAAACCAAGGUUGUGAUUAAUAAGUUUGACAAGAUGGUGCUCUUCAUUCAAUCUGUCUAUAGUUUGCCG